UAGAAACUCGCAAGUGUUACAACAGGGCAAUACGUGACCUGGGAACGGACAUGGUGGAGCGCUCACCGCCACCGCGCGCCAAGAACAAAAUAGAGGGACAGUGAAUUCAGGUAAAGAGUGGACGACGUGCUUUAGAGAGCCACCAUGCCCACGACUCGAGCGAGGGCGAGGAACGUGCUGAACAGGCCCGAGUUCAUGUCCCUUCACCACCAGCCUGCGCGGAGCGCGGGCGCUGAGGCUCGCGCUGGUGCGCGCAGGCCGUCGUACAAAGCCCAGCAGCAGCAGCAGCAGCACGCGGGCCAGGGCUGCGAGCACGCGCAGCAGCAGGACGCGGCUGAGAACGGCAGGGAGCGGAGGGAGUACCCGGAGGAGGACUGCAUGCAGCUCAACCCGUCCUUCAAGGGCAUCGCCAUGAACUCCCUCCUGGCCAUCGACAUCAGCGUGUCCAAGCGGCUCGGCGUGUGCGCGCACACCACGUCGUCGUGGGGCAACAUGCGCGCCAUAGUCAAGCUGCUCGCGCUCACCGGCCACGGCAUCCCGUGGAUUUUGGGCACCCUCGUGUGCCUCACGAGAAGCAACACGCUGGCCGGACAGGAGGUCCUCGUGAACUUGCUGCUGGCCCUCUUACUGGACGUGAUGACUGUGGCGGGCAUGCAGAAGUUGGUGAAGCGCAAAGGGCCCUGGGAGAUGUCCCCGAGUUUCCUGGACUACCUGGCCAUGGACGUCUACUCCUUCCCAGCAGCCCACGCGAGCCGGGCAGUCAUGGUGGCCAAGUUCUUGUUGGCGCACUUGGUGCUGGCGGUUCCUCUGCGCAUUCUGCUGGUGCUGUGGGCUUUUCUGGUGGGCAUGUCGCGCGUAAUGCUGGGCCGCCACCACCUCUCAGAUGUAGGAUGUGGCGUCGCUUUGGGAUUUCUCCAUUACAGUCUGGUGGAGAUGGUGUGGUUGUCUUCCGGCACUUGUCAGACUCUUAUCUCCAUCGGCACUCUCAACUGGAGCCCCUUCUAUUGAUCAAUGUGUGAUACCUGCAGCCUCCAGAACUUUUGAAUCAGGAUAAAUUCCCUCUGCUCACACUGCGGAAUUAAAGUGGAAAACACAUAUGCACAUAUUCUGAGAGAAACUGAAGGUCUUAGGUAGUUUUAAAGCUUGAAUUCGGCAUUUUUUUUCAUUUCUGCCAAAGCUGUAUAACAUGAUAGAGGCAUCUGAGAAGCACACAGUGUGGACAUUUGCUAUUUGCCAAAUAGCAAUGCCCAUGCAAAGAAUUUCACUGUUGUACAUUGUUAAAAGCCAAAAAUGGUCUAUGUAUAGCGUAGAUAAGCUAAUUUGAUUUGCAUUUGUUUUUAACUGCUGUGGGAGAGCGACGUUGCUCAGGGAUUUUUGUAACAGCAACAUACUGUGCCAUGAAAAAACUUGUUUUAUUUUGAAAUUGGAUAUCCUUUGAGAAAAAAACACACUCGCCGGAUAUUGAUGCUAAGUCAAAAAAAUAAUGAUGGAAACUUUCAGAAGGCCUGCAGCUGAGUUUAACUUCCUUUCUCUUUUUAUUUUUUGCCAUGUACAACACAUACUGACUUAGUGUUCCUAAGAUUUACUCAUGACAUUUAAAGCACUUUGAUAAUUGCUCUGAAAAACAGUGUUGUUUUUUUCCAGACAUGCCAUUUGUACUAUGAUUGUUUGCCUUAGCUGUGAAAGUAAAGACGUGACGCCUCCAGAGAUGAAAAAGUCCCUCUAAUAAAUCUGACACUGAUGAAGGCUAAUCAUUAUAAACACUGGUACUGUAUAUGUUGUAUACUAAGGCUGCACAAUAUAGCGUUUGUUGCAGAAGUGUACAGUAUGCAGAUGAGCCUCUAUCCAGUGACUGAUUGUUUCAUUGUGUUUUGUGAGAUGCUCUUUUGGAUGAAUCAAGGCAUUUGCAUAAUCCAACAAAUAACUUAGCUCAAAAACAGAACAGUCUUUAACCGUGUCACAUUAAAGGUUCCUUAAUGUGUUUUCAGUGUAUUGGAAGAUAUAUCAUAAUCGCACCGUCCAUUAAUACAGUUUGCAAUAUGGUGUUUUGUCCAUAUCAUGCAGCCAAAACUAGAAUACUGACCUACUGCUUUUAAAAAAGUUUUCUAAUUGUCUGCGUAAUUAAUUUGUUAACAUGUAAACAAAGUCACUCAGAGUGGUUAGAUGUGAAAUGCUCUAUUCUUACUGUGUUAGAACUAUUCACAGUGGUGGUGUUAGGAGCCAUACAACCCAAGAAUGCCUCUAAAAGCUCCCUCACAGAAAGUUAUUGCUUGAAAAGGCUAAAAAUAUGAUGCCUGAUGCCUCAGUCACUGUUUUACAAUAGAAUCAAGAAGGUUUUGGUCUAAAACUUAUUUUUUAAAAUACAUUCAUGGCAGAGAGGUACAUAAAGAGUCUUGUUAGACAAAAUAGUCCCUUCAUAUUUAUUUCAGAUUUACCGCUAUUUUACAAUUAUUAACAUUGCAUAUUAAACUCAGAUUACACCAGUGGGUUCACUGUCGGUUUUGGAAAGUAAAUAAAAUGGCUGUAUUUGUAUUGUAGACAUUGUGACCCCUGGUUCCCAUCACCAUCACUAUGGAAAAAUCUGAGUCAUUAUAUGAGUCAUAUCAAACCACUCCAAAUGACUUUGUUUACAUCUCAAAUUAAAUUAUGCAGAAAUUUUGAAAAAUCAGCAGAAUUCCCCUUUUAUCCUCCUGUAAACACAACCUUUUUUUGCCUUUCAAACAUUGCUAUAUUUUUCACAACCUGAAAUAUCAUGAUGUGACUUUUGUCAAUAUUGUUGAGCCCAGUUGUAUACAUAUAACAGUACUGAACUGAUAAAUCAGGCUAAAUAUGUUCAUUAUGCUGACAAUACGUUUGCUUGCAAAAGUUUGGGCACUCCUGGAAUUACAUUUUGUUGAUUUUCUAAUUGAAAAUAAGUAAACACAACCUGUACAGAGACACACUUCUGCACUGUUUAAUGCACAAUUGUUGUUUAUUCACUGAAUUUAACUGUAUUAGAUAUAAACAUGAAAUCUGUCUUGUGCAAAAGUUAUGGCACAUUUUAUAUUUUAUGUUUUUUUUUUUCCCCAAUAUGCAAAUGAAUAGAAAAUGUGCAUUAAAUUUGGCAGAAACGUGUCAUAUUGGAGUUCCCUGUUGAGGAUGUGUUAACACCAGGGGUGUUCAAGCUUUUGCAUACGACUGUCUGUCUUCAGGAAUUACAAGAUAUGAGUUCUAGAGGCUUUAUACCAAGUAAGACGAUUGUGUGUUUGUACGUGAUAAAGAGAAAGAAAAUGUGAGACAAUGAGAGAGAGAGAAAGCAUCUUUUUUCUUUAAAUUCUUUAUUUAGCAAACUGACUUAAAUCUAAAUGAAUCAUGUUUUAUGGUGAGAUUAGAAAACAGGAGCUAAAAAGUUAAAAAAAGUGCAAAACAUGAACAAAUGAGGACUGAAUGUGAAUAAAGUCUGGUACAGAACCAUCA